CCAUAAAGCUUCUAGGCUAUAGGAAUCUCCUUAUUACCUGCGGAUUUUGUUUCCUUGCCCGACCUGGUACAUUCCCCAAGCAAACGCACCAGAAACGGUGAGAAAAAUCGCCAUGGCGCUAGGACCCGUGUUCGAUAUCCGGCGAGCGUAUCGCACCGGCGCAAACCCACCCGGCGGCGGACCAUCCUGAAGCAGCGGCAUAUCCUUCACACUCGCCAUUCCCGGCUUCUUCCUGAUCAUCGCCUCCGUCAUCUCCCCUCAAUCGAAUUGACUCUCUGAUCACUCUGAGAUCCGAUUCGAUUUUGCUAACCGAGUCUUCUAGGGAUUCAGAAGAAAUGACGUAGUUAACGAACUGGGCUUUAAAAGCCCAAGCCCAUUUAUUUGUAAAUCAUUCAGAAGAUAGUUAAUAAACUGGGCUUUUAAGGCCCAAGUCUGUUUAAUUCGUAAAUCACGUGACUCACGUGAUUGUCUUCUUCUUCUUUCUUUAAAUAAUAAACCCCUAAAGUUCUCAGAAUCUUCUCUUCAGCCGCCGAUUGUGUUUCUCCUCCUCUCUACGAUCAUGGUGGGGUUUAAGAACAGGUUCAUGUUGAUGGAGGUUUAUCUCGACCCAGACAAGGAUCUCUUAGGAGAAGGAACUCCUGUUAUCCUCACGAAACUCAACCUCUCGGAAGCGAUCAAAGACAGCAUCCUCGUCAAUUUCGGCGAGUGCGGUCUCGCCUCUUGUCUCGGAUCCUUCCACGUCGCGUAUGUGAACCCGGUCACGAAGCUGUGCAUUGUAAGAUCGUCGAGAGAUGAACACAGGCGAGUUUGGUCGGCGAUGACGCUGGUCAGAAGCGUCGGGAACUGCCCCGUGGUGUUUAACUUGCUCGAUAUCAGCGGUUGCAUCAGAGCGUGUCGAGACGCGGCCUUGAAGUGCGAGACGGACAAGUUUAAUCAGUCUGGUAAAGGAUUGUCCGAAGAGGAGAUUCGAGAGAUGAAUAGGUGUUUAGAUAAGCUCAAACUGUUGUAAUAACUCGACUUUUUCGAAUUUGACCCCUAAGUUUUCAAAAUGUGCAAUCAUUCCCUUGUCUUAUAUACUGUUGCGA